AUGAUUACCCGAAGUCGAGCAAAGAGGCAAAGAGAGGCUGACGGCGCAGUUGGCGUAAACCUGAAACCUACUCCUGUCGAAUGCGAGACAGACGUUACUAUUAUGGCUUUCUUUCCCGUCGAAAAAAAAAGGAAAGCGAUGGGGAAAUCUGCCGAAAGAUUUAAAAAACUGAUGGAUGUUGAUGGAUCAACUGCGGAUGAAGUCAUUCGGAGCAGUCCGUUUACCUCUGUGCCACCUGAGGUUUUGUCCACCAACAGAACUAGUGCAACUAGCAAAAGUCUGCAAACUGUUCUACAACUGGCUUUGCUCACCCGAAUCAGUGACAACUCAAAACAUAUGGAAACAGAGCAGAUUGCUUCAUGUAAGAUUCCUCCAUUUGCCACCACCAGACGGGAUGGACGAGAGAUCUUAUGUGAGGCUGGUGCUGGCGAAUUGAGAGCCAAACAAGAACUAAGGGUACCUGUUGCAUUACUUCGCGUAUUACCGUACCAAGUAUCGCAAUUCUACAGUAGAUACAGUCGCACCGAAUUUUUUGUAAACUUUUUCUGGAAAGAAGAUGUAGAAGCAGCAAAGAGAGAAUUCGAAUCGCUUCCUUGGACACGCCGAGAGAGAUGGCUGUGUCAACGUAAGCUUGCCACGAAACGAAUAAUGGAAGACUCGGAGGCUCGAGAACACGAAGAAGCACACGAAAUGCGUUUGCGAGCAAAAGACAAGAGAGACAUUCAACUUCAACGAAUCCAAGAAGUAGAGCGAAGAGUCGCAAUAAUGACACAAGAACUCGAUGAACACGGUAGACCAUACUACGACAUGUCGAUUCUGGAGCAAUGUCCAUCUUACCAUCAGUCCAAGCGCAUAGUGAGGGUACUUACCGAACGAGCUUGGCAGUUGCUGAGGAAUAAGCUAAUCCGCGAGUAUCAAGAAGCACUAGAAGAAUGUCGUCGCAUCGAGCGGGUUGCACGAGCCGAUAAAGAACGACGCAUGGCUCAUCAUAACAAGGAAUUAUCCAACAUAGAGAGACAAAAGCAGAUACUAGAGUAUAUCACUGCCUUGGACUCGUUGGACGAAAUACUUGAAAAGGCAUACGCACAUGGGACGAUGGCCAACGCUGAAUUGAAUAUGAACAACUCGAGCGGUAAGCGUAUCGUUGGUACAUUUGACCUCGAUGCAAAUAACCAGUCAAAUCAAAGCCAUCCUACGCGGACUGAUCAACAGCCAGUCCAGCCAACGACAAAAAGGACACUUCAAUUAGGUAUUAGUAGUUUUUUGCUCGAAGCGGCCAAUCGGAUGGCAGCUGCCGAGGCUGAUGACAUGAACGCAAACAUCCGUUUCAAAAAUCGCAUUGGUAGCGAAUGCACGAUGGGAUCCGAUGAAAAGGGAGGAGCGCAUUACAAACCAUUGAUCCGCGAAGUUAUGGAGAAAUGUGAAGUAGAGUCGUUGACGGUCGAUGAUCUAUUGGCUGAAAAUCGUGAUAACGAUUUUAUAUUCGUGUGUGAUUAUUGUAGGAAUGGUAACCGAUUUACUUAUAGCGGGCUCGCAACUCACAUGCAGACUAGGCAUGGUGGAUUCGAUAAGGAUAUGGUUCGUUGGGAUAUUGAAGCAUAUAGGCAGGUUACUGGAUAUGCUGAAAGAGGGUUGCCAUUGACAUUGUCUACGUGGAGAGUCUUGGCCAAGCGCCAUUAUUGCAGAUUAUGUCCAGAGGCUGGGUACACGCCGUGA